GUUCAAAAGUCGUUGGUUUUUAAAACCUCGAGUCUCCGCUCAAGGAAAGGUGUAAACAGUGAACUCGAGGGUGGAUCUGGGGUUGGGGUUCUCACUUCUACCUUCAUUGAUAUUCACAAAGUCGAUCAGACUCGACACCAUCAGGCGCAUCACGGAUUCACAAUGUCGGCAGCAGAGCCACCCUUGGAUGAGCUCCAAUGGCGGGCCCCGGAGUGGAUAGCGCAAUGGGGUCUCCGGACAGAUAAUGUUCUCGAAUACUUUGCGCAGUCCCCGUUCUACGACCGCUCAAGCAACAACCAAGUGCUAAAGAUGCAGUCGCAGUUCAGUUCUCCGAUGAUGCAACCGCAGGACGUGCACAAGCUGCUCGAGUCCAUGCGCGGCAUCGAAUUCGCCAUCGCGAUCCCAAACCCGGGCACCGCGCUCUGGGUCAUUCGCAAGCAGAACCGCAUCUCGCAGACCGAGGCGAUCCCGCUCGCGACUUACUUUGUGAUUGAGGAGAACAUAUACAUGGCGCCGACAGUGUACUCUGUCGUCUCGAGCAGGAUCAUGGCCUGCUCGAAGGAGCUGACAGAGGCGCUCGCUAUCGCGGCAGACAAGCUGCCUAAUUUCUCCCCGACAACAGGAUACUCCUACUCCGCGACCACGCUCGAGGACGACGAGUCCGCAAAGCUGAGGCUGCAGGAUCAGAUGAUGGCUCGCGCACUGACGACAGCGUUCCAGUUCGAAAGCGGGGGCGAGAGCGUGUAUCUGGAUGCUCCGCAGAAACUGAAGGAGCCUGUAAUGAUUGCGUCGCAGAGCUCGGGGAAGGGCAGGGGAAGUAGUGUUUCUGCUGGCGAGAAGUCUACGCCUGCUCCUCCGCCGCUCAAAAGAAGGAAGACAAAGAAAUCAGAAGCUCGGUAGGGGUAGUUGGAGUUUUUCUUAUGUAAUUUUUUUGGAGUUUAUGGUC